CCGGAGACGUCAUGAACCUUGCCAGUGAGCGGCAUUCGCAAGUGCUCAGCCUUCCAUCCAAUGGCUGCCAAGACGCGGCUGCCGAUCCCCUGAAUGCAUCAAUUGGCCACGCAGCCAGCUUCCACCUCCGUGGACCCUGAUUCUCUCCUUUAACCUCCCACUAUCUAGUUAUCAUGACAUGGUCUUUUCUGGCUUCUAGCUUGAAUUAACGAAUCCCGCCAAAAUGUGGAUUUUACCGCUGGUUGGCUAUCUCGGCUCUGCCGUGGGCUUUUGCUUCAUGACGCUAGCCAUAGCAUCUGGCCUUUACUACCUAUCCGAGAUCGUCGAAGAACAUACCGUGAUUGCGAAGCGCCUCCUCACAAAACUGAUUUACUCCAUCAUGGUCCUACAACUGAUCCUCUGCGUCGUCGACCGUUUCCCCUUACUCCCCACCGCUCUGGGUAUCUUCUCCCACUUCAUCUACCUCGGAAACAUGCGGCGAUUCCCCUUCGUCAAGCUCACGGACCCGCUCUUCUUGGCUUCAUGUGUUCUCGUUCUCGUGGACCACUACGUUUGGUUUAAGCAUUUCUCCCACCACCAGGAGCGCGCUUACCAAAACAUGGCUUCGUACUACGACACCCCCGACGACGUGCCCUCGUUCACCGAAAUCGCCUCCUACUUCGGCUUGUGUGUCUGGCUCGUCCCGUUUGCGCUGUUCGUCAGCCUCUCGGCGAGCGACAACAUCCUUCCGACCAUGGGUAGCGAGCCGUCAUCAUCUUCUGGGUCGGCGGGGAUAGACACUGGGAUGGCAAGGAGGCGUGGGCAGGGAAUGGCAAAGGCGCUGGUUGACAACAUCCGCGGGGCGAUCGCGGAAGGGAGUGCUCUGGUUGGGUGGAAGAAGCCAGAAGAUCGGCUUUAAGGGGCAUGUUCACUCUCAUUUUUGUGUCAGGACUGUUGGACGGGGCAUAUGAACGAUCGUGUUUUGGCUGGCUUGAUAGGAGUGAAAACCU